GAAAGUGGGUGGGAUGUGGGAGAAUUCCUGCUGCCCUGGCGUUCUGAGCUACUUUAUUAAGACUGCAUGCAGCCCAAGAGAACUGAUUGUACUCCCUGCUGCAAGCCUCGAAUAAGCUGCAUUACACACACUGUAGCUCUGCUCAAGCCUCUUCUAAAUUGGAAUAGAAUGCAAAGGAUUUCCAGUAUAGCUAUCUGCUGCCUGAAGGGACUCUGAGCAGCUUUCUUGUAACCUUAUGUUUUAGUUUCCUUGUGGCGCCAGUCUUUCCACUCAGGUUAUGAAGGCAGCCUAAUACCCGAGCUGGAAUGACUGGCCAGUUUACCAUGAAAGGACAUGCCAGUCAUCCUCAUGAGCUGAUUGCUCACUUUAAGCCCUAAUGGUCUAUCCCUUCUGGAGAUUGGGCUGAAGCAUCUACUCGCUGACUUGCCUCCUAUUCCUGCUGUGAUUCUCUCCUUCUACUCGGCGCACCAUGGGAGGAUGCUUCUCCAAACCAAAACCAGUUGAAGUGAAAAUUGAAGUUGUCCUACCAGAGAAAGAGAGGGCGAAGGAAGAGAUGUCACCCAAUGGGAAAGCCAGUCCACUUGUUUACAAAGUCAAUGGGACUGCCCGGCAUUACCACCUUGAAGAACAUCCCAUCACCAUCAACCCCUACCAGAACGUGAAGGAUGUAGUUGAAGCCUCAGUGUGCCACGUGAAGGACCUUGAGAAUGGACAGAUGCGAGAAGUAGACCUGGGUUGUGGGAAGGCUCUGCUGAUAAAGGAAAAUGGAGACUACUAUGCAAUGGGACACAAAUGCCCUCACUACGGAGCCCCACUGGUGAAAGGGGUUUUAUCCAAAGGAAGAGUGCGCUGUCCCUGGCAUGGGGCUUGUUUCAGCAUCGGCACUGGUGAUAUAGAGGACUUUCCUGGCUUGGACAGCUUACCCAAAUUCCAGGUGAAAAUCGAGAAGGAGAAGGUGUACAUCCGAGCAAGCAAGCAGGCUCUUCUGACGCAAAGAAGGACAAAGGUUAUGGCAAAAUGCAUCUCCCUCAGCAACUACAAUAUCAGUAGCACCAACGUGCUGAUCAUCGGAGCAGGUGCUGCUGGAUUGGUUUGUGCAGAGACCUUAAGACAGGAAGGUUUCUCCGACAGGAUCGUAAUGUGCACAAUGGACAGACACUUACCCUAUGACCGACCCAAGCUAAGUAAGUCAAUGGAUUCACACUUAGAUCAGAUCACCUUGCGCCCUAAGGAAUUCUUCCGUACAAAUGACAUUGAGGUCCUGACUGAAACACAGGUUGCAGCUGUGGACACCAAGAACAAGACAGCCGUGUUCAAGGACGGAUUUAAGAUGGACUAUAACAAACUGCUGAUAGCAACCGGAAACACGCCCAAAGCUCUUAGCUGUAAAGGCAAAGAAGUUGAGAAUGUUUUCAACAUCCGAACUCCUGAAGAUGCCAACCGGGUAGUGAAACUGGCCAGCAGCAAGAAUGCAGUUAUAGUGGGGGCCUCUUUCCUUGGGAUGGAGGUGGCAGCCUACCUCACAGAGAAGGCCCAUUCUGUGUCUGUGGUUGAGCUGGAAGAAGUGCCUUUCAUGAAGUUCUUUGGGGAGAAGGUUGGCCAAGCUCUCAUGAAGAUGUUUGAAAACAACAGGGUGAAGUUCUACAUGCAGACUGAAGUGUCUGAGCUGCGGGAGCAGGAGGGCAAGCUUAAGGAAGUUGUCCUGAAGAGUGGGAAAGUCCUCCGUGCAGAUGUCUGUGUCAUCGGCAUAGGUGCAAGUCCAGCAACAGGAUUUCUGAAGCAGAGCGGCAUUAACAUGGAUUCCAAAGGCUUCAUUGUCGUCAACAAGAUGAUGCAGACCAACACCCCAGGAGUUUUUGCAGCUGGUGAUGCCGUCAUGUUUCCACUGGCCUUGCGUAACAACAAGAAGGUGAACAUCCCUCACUGGCAGAUGGCACAUAUGCAUGGCCGCAUAGCAGCUCUGAACAUGCUGGCCCAUGGCAUGGAGAUCAACACGGUCCCGUAUCUAUGGACGGCUGUGUUUGGGAAGAGCAUACGAUAUGCAGGCCAUGGGGAAGGAUUUGAUGAUGUCGUCUUUCAAGGUGAUUUAGAUGAACUGAAGUUUGUGGCAUUUUACACCAAGAACGAGGAGGUGAUUGCUGUGGCUAGUAUGAACUAUGAUCCAAUUGUGUCCAAAGUCGCUGAGGUCAUGGCCUCUGGGAGAGUGAUCAGAAAACGAGAUGUGGAAACUGGAGACAUGUCUUGGUUAACUGGAAAAGGCUCUUAACAUGGGAAGGAACUGAUUUCUGCUGAGGCUGCACUUGCCAGAGAGGAGACUGGGAUGACCAGGAGGCUCCGCUGCUAAAUGCAAAUCUAGUCAGCUGAGUCAUUGCCUCCCUCAGACGUUGAAGCAUCUUUCACUGAACAUUUAUGUUCCCACCAAUGCCCUCUGUACACACAGCCGGUGGUUCUGAAGCACCAGUGGCAGCCCGCAUGCUUGGGCUCUGCAGAGUUUAAAAAUCCUAUGGAAACGCAAGGAGAACACAGGAUCCCUGAGAAAGCGCUGACCUGCAUGGGCCUUCAGAGUCUGAAGCAAACAUAUGCUCUAGCACCGACAGCUGCAUCUCUCCAUGAACCCUGCUGGGGCAUGGGGAGAGUAGAAUGGAGCUUACCUUCACUUUCUUCUGGUAGGGAGGGACCGCCUGCAAAAACAGGGCAAACUAGUCAUCCUGGGCAGCAUGUCAAAGUUACCCACCCUGGGACACAUCUGCUCCCCCUACAAACAAUGCCACAGCCUUUCACUGCACCCCAUGCUCCCGAAUUCACCCAUAAUACGCACCCAACUAGCCUACCCCUCACCCACACUCCACUCACAUCCAAGCAUGACCUCACCAACACCCUGCAUCGCUCUCCAACCUGCACCAACACCCCCUCCCUGCCACACUCUCCCAGACACCCUCACACAACUGCUUGCCCCCCUGCAUCCUCCUCAGCCAGGUUCGCUUUCCACCCACAGUGUCAUCCUCACCCACACAGUUUCAACCACAUCCACGUGCUCCCAUUCAGAUCCUUACCUGCACAGUCCGAGUCAUAGAGCUUCACCUUUGUCCACGCCCUCAGCUGUAAGCACGGAGCUCCUGAGGUACACAGCUCACAGGAGCAAGCCUCCCAGCCCAGGUCGACAGACUCCCCGGCUUGCGGGGCUAGCGCACUGAAAACAGCUGUGUAGACAGUGCUUCACCGCUGCAGCUGGGACUGAAACUUGGGCUCCCCGAUCUCCAGUCCAAGCAAUGUCGACACAGCUGUUUUUGGAGCAUGAGCCCAGCAGGUAUCCUUGGAAUGUAUAGUCUGACUCCUGUGUUAAUUGCAGUCAGUUGCUAGGUGUUGAAGUUAAACUCCCUGUUCUGUAAAGACCUGGGUCUCCCUUUUUCAGUUCUUAAACACCUGGGCUAGGUUCAGUCUUUACCAGUUCCCCAGGGACCAGUUUUGACCUCACUUACACUGGAAUGAUGCUGGUGCAACUCCAAUGGAGUUACUCCUGAUUUACAUCAAUGUAAGUGGGUCCAGAACAAGCCCUGUGAUCUCCAGAAGAUCUCCGGUAUAAUUGCCAAUGGUUCUGAUACCAUUUCAGCUUAUUCUUUUAGCAUCCCAGGGUGAAUGUUCAGAGCAUCCUGUUUUGAAUACAGAUCUAGUCAUCCUGGUCCCUUUAACUUGCUUCUGCCUGAUCCAGCCUCAUGAACACUCCCUUCUUCUUUAAUUGUUUUGCAUAAGUCAUCCUGCUGCUGUCAUCCUACCUACUGGAAAGUGGGGCAAAGUAGCUACUGAAUGAGAUUUCUGACUGUGCCUUGUCAUCUAUUAUUUAUUCUGCUUGUCAUUCAGUGGCAGCGCUAAACCUACCUUCUCAGUGUCUUGCUUUAUUAUCCCCCUUUUAGGAACAAAGGCAUUGCCACAUCACUUCAGAAUGCCCACGUAGUCUCGCAUUCUGUCUCGGUCAGUACCCACUGCCCAGAGGCUUCAGAGAAAAUUGCUGGAAUCCUAUAACGGACAGUUUUGAAAUAACCUGCCCCUGAGGAAAAUUUCCUCCCAAAUCCUAUCAAUCCAUCAUACUUUAUGCCCUGAAGCAGGAGAGUUUAUAUCUUACAUAUUAUUUAUCCUGUUUGAUGUAACCAGUGUUAUUCUCAUUAUCCUUAAGUGUCAAGUCCAUUCUGGAAUCCUGAUAAAUCCUUGGACUCAAUGAUAUUUUGUGGCAGAGAGUUCUCUAGUGAACUGUGUUGUUGUCACAGGGUACACUCCCUGCUAGUGGCACCUCCUAGCUGUCCUGGGGAUUAGCUCUGGCCAGGCAUAGUGCCCUCCUCUGGGGGUGCCUCUGCUGUUGUCCUCUUGCCCAGCAGACCCUUCUUGCUCCAGGGUCUGCAGCGUCCUCUUCCUCUUUGGAUUCACUAACUUCUCCUCCUGAUUUCUACCUCAUAGCUAAUUAUUCUGUGUUCCCCAAGUUACAAACUACCUCUCUCAGCUUGUCAAUAACUAAUUAUCCUUUAUCCUGCUUGGGUUUUCCAACUUCCCACUGUCUGCCUCUUCCAUGUGUUUUCUGGUCUCCUCGGCUCACUGGCUUGGCCUUGUUCAAAGGGCUAUUGGGAAUAAAAAUAAAGAAGCAAAGCACCCCUUGCCCCUGCUUCCAUUAGCUGUACUCACCAGCCCCUUCCCACCUUUGUCCCACACACAUUGAUACUCAUUUCUUCUCACACCAAACUGGUCCACCAGGCCACAGGAAGUGUAUGUGGAUGCUCAACUCCUUGGGGCAGGAACUGUGGCCAGCAUUAGAUCUCUGAAGGGGGAGAUUUUCAACAAGAAAGCAGGGACCUGCCCAUUUACAAGUGAAAGGUCCCAUCUGUGCCUUUGAAAAAAAAAUCUCACUUAGGUGCCAAACCGUAGGCAUCAACAUUUGAAAAUGUUGCCAUUUGUUCUUCUUUGCUAUCAAAGAUGGACAACCAUUUUUUAAAUAAAAGGUUUUCUAUUGAAAAAAUAGCCUCUUUCCCCAUGUGAAAUAUGUCACAAACAUUGUCAUUAUUGAAAUUGUUCAUUUUCGCUGGAAUUUUGGGAGAAAUUUUUAACUGACAUUUUUUAAUCAAAAUUUUUUGUUUAUCGAAAAGUCAGGUUCUGGCAAAACAUAAGGGCAAUAUUGGUUUUGAUAAAAAUUUAGAUAGAACUUUGAUUUGAAACGAUGCACAAAAUUCCUGAAAACUGGAAAAGGUUUCAUUUCAAACCAAAAUAAAUUUGUUGUGAAAUUGUGUUUUUUCCUUUUUUGACCAGAUCCGUUUGCUGUUCAAAGAAUAGUGUUCUGCUAGUGGGCGAUAUAUAGCAUCCUCAUCAUCAUCACUGUGCAAAACAGAGCUGCCAAAACCUACCCUGAGGAAGAAGCAAUUGUGUAUGGCAUGGAAAGAGAAUCCAAGCUUAACACGCAGUGAUGUGCAUGGACUUUGACAAUCUUAUUUAUUGUGAAUGCCAUCAGCGCUUUGCAAUGCAUAAUGAACAGAUCUCUGAGCUGAUUCUCCUGCAGUUACAUACACACAGCUGCCAUUGGAUUUAACAGGAACUUGGUGCCACACAAUGUGAGAGAGUCAGGCCCAGGUCGACAUUAUAUCCCGCCUGACUGUAAUCAGUUAUAGGGCAUUCAAGUGGGGCACUCCCAUGGUGCCUUUCUUUCCCUUCCUUUUCCUUUUGUUCCUUUCAGAAUUUUUAAAUUAGCAAUAAUUAGAAUGAUUAUAAUGAAGCCCCUCCUGAGAGGGUAAUGAGUGACUGUGAACUGUAGGAGGAGUGUGAGGGGAGGAGCGGGCAGUGUGUGAGGAUCUGUGUGAGAAGGGAGAUGAGGAGACGUUGUCUUAUCUAUUGUUGUCAUCAUCUGUACUGACAAAUGUUCUGAUUAUAGUUGGCUAAUCUUCCUUUCCUCACUGUAGACACUUAUCGGGAGAAUCUGCAUAUUCAUCUAGUGCUCUGCAUGGAUGAAUAUAAAUAUAACCUGAAUAAUAAAGUCCAAACUUCCAGCAGA